AUUAUUUUCCAAUAGUUCAGACUAAUUUAAAGUGUGGCAAAAUGUCCGAGUGUUAUGGAGACGGUCACACUUAAAAUAAAGAAAAAUCUUAAAAGACAUAAACAAUGCGGACCAGCUACAAAAAGAACCGUCCCUUCGAUUUUAAGCUGAUUUCCUUGGUAGAACCCAAUCCCGUGCUCUAUAAACGAUCUGGACUGUCGAACUACGAAGCCAUGAAGGCCAAAACGGAUAUUUGGGCACAGAUUUCACAGAAAAUGGGCUGCGAUGUGGACUUCUGCCUAAUGCGCUGGAACAACCUACACUACCAAUUCCGUAAAGAGUUUCGGCGGGCAGACACCAGCGGUUCUACCUGGCCGUACCUGGAACGCCUCCGAUUUCUGGCAGACAGCCAGCCUCGACCCAGAGCCAGGAGCAAGCCCAAAGCCAAGGAUUCCCCAAGCAAUAGGGACACAGUUGUCAACGAAAAAGAGACCGCUGUCCAGUUCCUGUGGGAGACGUACGAAGAUGGGGAAAUACCCCAAACCCCAAGCACUUUUAUUAUAGAGGAGAUCGUCGAGGAGCGCAACGAUCAGAUAAUUCAGGAAGAGAUCAUAUAUGAGGCAGAAGAGGAACCCCAACCAGCGCACAUACUCUCCCCACGAAGCAGUUACCUCCAGAUGGACCAAGUCCUCGCCCAGCUCAAGGAACCUCAGCGAAAACGAGCUAAGCGCAGGAUCACAGCAUUUCUGCUCAAGUGCCAGCUGCGUGCCUUAAGGAAUCAGUCCGUGGAGGAUCUGGCCAUAUAACUUCACAUACUCGCUUUAACUUUAUUAAAAAUAAAAAACAGAAACUAA